AAGGCUAGAGCAUCUCUCAUAGCUCACUCACUUUCAAAGCCAGCUGAAGGCAAGAGGAAGCCCUUGAGAGAGCCCCCAUCAGUGUGUUUCUGACUUUUAUGGACUUGGCUUGCUAGAAGUCUGAAAGAGAUGAUGGCAGGAAUGCAAAUCCAGCUGGUAUGCAUGAUACUCCUGGCUUUCAGCUCCUGGAGUCUGUGCUCAGAUUCAGAAGAGGAAAUGAAAGCAUUAGAAGCAGAUUUAUUGACCAAUAUGCAUACAUCAAAGAUCAGCAAAGCAAGUGUCCCCUCUUGGAAAAUGACCCUGCUAAAUGUUUGCAGUCUUGUAAAUAACCUCAACAGCCAAGCUGAGGAAACAGGAGAGAUUCGUGAAGAGGAGCUUCUUACAAGAAGGAGAACCCCCAUUGCUUUAGAUGGCUUUAGCUUGGAAGCAAUGCUGACAAUAUACCAGCUCCAAAAAAUCUGUCACAGCAGGGCCUUUCAACACUGGGAGCUAAUUCAGGAAGAUAUUCUUGAUACUGGAAAUGACCAAAAUGAGAAGGAAGAAGUCAUAAAGAGAAAAAUUCCUUACAUUCUGAAACGGCAGCUGUAUGAGAAUAAACCUAGAAGACCCUACAUACUCAAAAGAAGUUCUUAUUACUACUGAGAGGAUAAAUAUUUUAUUUAAAUGUGAUUGUGGUUUAUUAUCCUUUAAUUAAGUAUCAGAUUACAUUAAUGUGAAAAUGUGACAGAACACACUUAUUUUGUCUCUUCUCCAGUUGUGGUUUAUUGGAUGUGAUUUUUCUGCAUUGAUAUAAAUUGAACUAAAUGUUUUUAAAUAAAUCUAGAUCUUGAGCAUGAUGUGUUGUGUAUACUUGAUGUAGCUAUUAAGUCACAUAUAAAAUGUUAUUUAUAAUUUUGCA